AUGGCAGAUCUGGGAAAGGCAGAGCACAUCAGAGUAGAGCAUAGCAGGGCAAGGCAAGGCAGUGCUGUGCAGGGCAAGACAGAGCAAAGCAAAGCAGGGUAGGAUAAGGCAGGACAUGGCGGGACAAGGUAGGGCAAUGCAUAACAUGGGAUGGAAUGGCAGAGAACUUGCACUAAACAAUACCAAAAACAAAAAGUAAAGCCGAAACCUUGUCGCUUAUUACUUUACUCUGUUUACUCUUCGAAAAGUAAACGUUUUGACAACCGCACUUAUCACCAACCAUUAACUUUACACCUUUAAUAUGGACGGUUUUAAAGCGGACCGGAAACUUUGGCGAAUCAAUAACAUUGACUUUGUAUUCGUUGAGAGAUCACCUCUGAUUAUUCAUGGCGGAAGUUUGUUUAUCGAGCAAUUCUAGGAUUCUGACUCACUCUGCGCGAACCUCGAUUGUCAUUUUGAGUAGUAAAGAUUAACGAUUAUAUCAUACGACGAGCGGUUUCUUAACUUUAACUGACGUAUAUGAUAUUAUGAUCUUAUGUUGGGUUGCUUAAAUUGUGUAGCUAGUAUAGGACUAAAGUAGAGGUGGGAAAAAUAGAGCAAGGUAGGCUAAGGGUUGUUUAAAGUAUAGCUAGGCUAGGGAUAAAAUAGAGAGUAGGCUGGGCUAAACUGGGCUGGGCUAAGGUUGGGCUUGGUUUGACUUGACUUGGCUUAGCUAGGCUGCGCUGGGCUAAUCUUGGUUUAACGUGACUUGGCUUUACUUGUCUUGGCUAAGCUAGGGCAAGGCAAAAGCAAGGCCAGUGUUUUUCCUAAACCGUCUGGUCCGCACUCAUUUUCAGCCCGGACCGGAGAAAAACGAAAAAAUUUUGGACGAACCGGGUCGAGCUUUAAAAAUAGUCGGGCCGGACCUGAAAAAAAAUCCUGGGAUGGUCUAGGCAAAACACUGGUCAAGCCAACCAAAAACUAAGGUUAGGCUGGGCAAGGUCAAUGCCUUCUUGUCUUGUGCUGAAGUUUUUAACUUAUCUUUGCGUACUAAUGUUAUUAUUUUUACUAUUUUUAUUUAUUCCCUUUUUCAACGCAAGAUAUAUAAGACGUGAGGGGGAUGAUGAGGGUGUGGUGAAUUAUUUUUAUUGAGAAGCUAAAUAAAGAUAGUUUUUAGGAUGUUGUCAACAACAAAGUGGCUUCUUUUGUCGUGUUUUUCUCGGUACCACAGCCGCUAUCGGUACAAUUCAAAGCGCUGCGGUAAAAGGAGUUUUAAAAUGUAAUGGUGAACCAGUCAAAGAUGUGUUAGUCAAGUUGUACGAUGAUGACAGUGGUAAGUGUUGAUUAUAUGAUUUUUCGUCAUUUUCUACUAUUUUUUUAUAUUAAAAUUUAUUAUUUUUAAAAUAAGAAUUUACAAAGGUGAUUUUAGAAUUUUUAAAAUUGUAAAAUACGGAGUGUAAAUCCAAAUUUUUUUAAAAUAUAUAAAUUUAAAAAAUUAAGAAUAUUAGCUAAAUUUUUGAAAAAAAAAUAUUUUAGGCUUGGACGCUGAUGACCUAAUGGACACAUCACAUUCAGAUGAGAAGGGUGAAUUCGAAUUGUCAGGUGAUACUGAUGAAAUUGGAACUAUCGACCCAAAAGUCAACAUUUACCAUGAUUGUGACGACAAACUCGUGGUAGGUUGGUAAAAUACGUUCGUUCCUGUUUGGGUUAUAAAAAUCUUUUUUAAAUUUUAGUUUUAAUUUUUUUUUUAGUUUUGUUAAAUCUAAGAUUUAAAUUUUUCUGUUUAGCCAUGCCAACGAAAAGUGACAAUAAAGCUGCCCGACAGUUAUGUGACAAAAGGCAGUAAGAAACCAAAGAAGGUGUACAAUAUUGGAAGCCUAGAGCUGGCUGGAAAGUACCCUGGAGAGACGAGAGACUGCAUACAUUAA